AUGGGCUGCCACACCCGCCUACUUUGGCUGCUGUUCUUCUAUGGUGUGAUUCUUCCCGAAGCAGCUUGCUACAGGAGGGACAUCAGAGGAUCCGGAGCAAAGCUGGGGAAGGGGAAGCCUAAGAGAAGCCCCAUUCAAAGCAUGUCUGUGGAGCAGCAAGAUGGUGAGUUCUCAUCAGACAAGGCCUGUGGGUGGCCUGCAGAAAGAGGGCCAAGCAAAGCUCGCUGCCCCCUGAGGACACUGGGACAGGCAACAGGCGCCCAGCAAAGUGCUGGCAGGCAAAAAUGUGAGUGCCAAGUGACAGUGAAGGGCAGCCCUGUCCCUGUGCAGCAGAAUGCACUCCCCAUGCAUUUGCCUUUGCCCGCCACCCCUCACCCGACACCACAGGGCACAGCAGAAAUGACCCAAGAAUCCAAUUGGUGGGGAAGUCGACUCUAUAUUUGCCAACACUCAGGUGGGGGUGAGGACUACCUUUCUCCCGAAGACUGGCUUCCGGUGCAGCUCGUGGAAGGUUCUAACAGGUGUUCUGGCCGAGUGGAGGUGUAUUUUGAAGGCAUGUGGGGCACAGUGUGCGGCGAUCUGUGGGGCGAGAAGGAAGCACAGGUCGUGUGCCAGCAGCUGGGCUGCGGGGUCGCCGUGUCCACCCUGGGAGAAGCCCUCUUCGGCCAGGGCUCUGGCCCCAUUCUUCUGGAUGAUGUGCAGUGCUCUGGGACUGAGGUCUCCCUGGGCCAGUGUUCUCACGCUGGCUGGAAGUAUAGAGGUGUUCUGGCCCAUGAAACUGCCAUUCCUAAGGUAUCUCUCCAGCCUGCAGGAGAAAGUUCCCCUGAUUAUCCUUAUUCUGAGACCUGCUUUAAGGUUGAACUGGGCCACCUGCUUCUAAAAGCAUUUCCAGCAAGCCCACAGUCCUACCACUAUGGGGCAGAAUUCAUGCUGGCCUCGUGUGGGUGCUCUGAGCAGCCUGGGCAGGAGCAGAAGGGGGACUUGGCUGCUCUCCCAAGCUACACAGUCUUGGACCAGGCUGAGCUUUCCACUGGGGACAGGGUACCAGGGCAGCAGCAAGCCAUUCAGCAAGGCAGAACACCGCAGAGUUUAUCCUUUCCCAUAGACUCACCCUGUUUCUAUCUUUUCUUCCUCAUAGAAUCUGAAAACAUUCUCACAGAAAGUGAAACUUCGAGAGAUUUCGACUGGCCACAGUUGCAGCUCACCAAUGGGUCAGGAAGAUGCUCUGGGCGAGUAGAAGUUUUCUACCAUGGCCAAUGGGGCAGGGUUUGUGAUGACCAAUGGGACCUGCGUGAAGCCCACGUGGUGUGUCGACAGCUGAACUGUGGGCAUGCACUCGAAGCCCCGGUCGAGGCACGGUUUGGUGAUGGCCCAGGCGAGUUUCUGCUGGAUGAGUUGGGCUGUACUGGGACAGAGAGUUUUUUGGGACAGUGUCCUCAUGCUGGCUGGCACCUGCAUAACUGUGGUCCUGGAGAAGAUGCCAGUGUCAUCUGUGAAGACGAUUUGGGUUCUGUUCCCAGCACCCACAUGGCAGCUUACAACCAUCUAAUUUCAGAGGGUCCUGCACCCUCUUCUGACCUCUUGUGGGCACCAGGCAUUCAUGCCAUACACAGUCAAAUAACUCAUACAUUUCUGCCUGCUGCCAUCCCAACUCAACCGUCUUCUACGCUGGCCUCGAGCUCCACUGCAUCAGUUCCACCUGUGGUCGACUCAGUGCCCCUUAGUCGAAGGGUGCAGGUGCCUGGGCUCAGACUCCAAGGUGCCGACAGUUUGCCAGACCGCACUCCAGGACUAGAUCCUGAGCCAUACAAACCAUCAGGAGGCUGGCUCCCUGUGCGGCUGGCAGGCAACCAUGGGAGAUGUGCAGGUCGUGUAGAACUCUUCUACCAGGGAGUCUGGGGGACUGUGUGUGAUGACCUCUGGGAUCUGCCGGAAGCAAACAUCAUCUGCAGGCAACUAGGGUGUGGCUGGGCUAUCUCUGCCCUGAGCGAAGCUUACUUUGGGGAAGGUUCCGGGAAGAUUCUCCUUGACAACGUGCAUUGCAAGGGACAUGAGGAUCACCUGGAGGAAUGCUCCCACAUUGGCUGGUUCUCCCACAACUGUGAUCACACUGAAGAUGCUGGUGUCAUCUGUUCAGGCACUUCCUUCAAGUGGGCAAUGGCUAGGGAGACAAAUUCUGUCCCAAUGAGGCAGCUCUCAUGUCUAUUCCAUGUCUCUGCCUUGUUUCUGGUACACCCUGGCCCCCAGAAAGCUUCCAUCACGACUGGUGAUCCUUCAUCCUCCCUGGAGUGUUCCAUGCUCAGUCUCCCCCUUUCUCAUCAGACCUUGAGGUCUUCUACUGUCAUGCUCUUAGAUAAGUCUCAGCCAGAGAGUGAAUUAAGAACAAAGCUGGGUGUCCCAAGGUCACCUCUAGAGACUGGUUCAGCAGUCCUGGAGCGCCUGAGUCACUGUGUUCGCCACAAGUUCCUCAGUCUUCUCAUGCACAGAGAGUGUGCUGUGUUGGCUGUUGGUCCACAUGUUCUUUUUUUGUGUCUGGCAGAAUCCUCAUUUGUUGUCAUGGAUGAAACCAUGGUUUCAGGAAGGUCUCGUUGUGGUGGUGUUAUUACCAAAGCACCUGGAAAAAUCAAGAACCCCCCAAUGAAUGAAAUGCAUGACAACAUAACCUGUGUGUGGGAAAUCAGGGCCAAUCCCUCUGAACGUAUAAGGCUGGCAUUCCCAUCUCUUGACCUUGACUGCACCAACGAGUAUUUUGAAAUCCUGGAUGGCCCUCCAUCGUCCACGGAGUCCCUGGGGAAACCCUGCAGUGGGUUUCAUAUGACCUUUGCCUCUCACUCCAGCUCAAUGACCCUUGUGUACUUCCGAGGCAUGAACAACAUCGGGAAAAAUUUCAUGGCUUAUUAUUAUUUUGAAACCAAAGAGAUGACAUCGAAGACGCCAUAUCUGAUCACCAUCCCCACGGCAGCUUCCAAGAUGGUAACCGAAAGACCAAAACUCUCAAAUCCUGCACAGCCUACCAAUACUUCCAGUGGGAGUCUCUCACUUCUUCCCAAGCCUGACCCAGGGGACUGGCCAGAGCUGCGGCUGGUGGGUGGCUCCAAUCGGUGCUCAGGGCGUGUGGAGAUCCUCUACCAGGGGGCCUGGGGCACCGUGUGUGAUGACCUGUGGGACCUGAAUGAAGCUGAGGUCGUCUGCAGACAGCUGGGGUGUGGAAAGGGUGUGUCUGCCCUUGGCAAGGCCUACUUUGGCCCUGGUUCAGGAGAUAUCUUCCUAGACAACUUCCAGUGUGCUGGGGUGGAGCACUUCCUGGGCCAGUGUGCCCAUUCGGACUGGAGAGACCACAACUGUGGCCACCAUGAGGAUGCUGGUGUCAUCUGCUCAGAUGCUGAAAAACCUCUGUUGGAUGUUCCAGGAGACUGGCCAGAACUUCGCCUGGUGGGUGGCUCCAGCCGGUGCUCAGGACGAGUGGAGGUCCUUCACCAGGGAGUCUGGGGCACUGUGUGUGAUGACUUGUGGGGGUCAAAUGAAGCUGAGGUUGUGUGCCGCCAGCUAGAGUGUGGUCAGGCUAUUUCUAGUCUUGGUGAGGCCUACUUUGGCCCAGGCUCAGGAGACAUCUUCCUGGACAACCUUCAAUGUUCUGGGAUGGAGCAUUACCUUGGCCAGUGUCCACAUUCAGGAUGGUCAGAACACAACUGUGGCCACCAUGAAGAUGCUGGUGUUAUUUGCUCAGAUUCAGAUGGCCCCCCUCCACCCAUGCCACCAGGUCCUCCUCCAGCUUCUCAGGAUCCAACAACAGGAGGAAGCAACUCUUGUGGAGCGGUCAUUUCCAGUCUCUCUGGCUCAUUUUCCAGUCCAGGAUACCCAGAAAACUAUCCAACAGACAUCCAAUGUGUUUGGGAGAUCCAUGUGGAGAAGAACUUCCGCAUAGAACUCAUGAUUCCAAAUUUGAACCUGGAAGAUAUCCUUGGAUGUCCCUACGACUCAAUUGAGAUCUUCGACGGCCCCAGAAUUGCGUCACUCUCCAUGGGGAAGUUCUGUGCCCCUUCAGCUGUGGUGUUUUUCUCCUCCUCAGACAUCUUGACAGUGGUGUUCCGAAGUGAUUAUAUGACAACAAACACUGGAUUUUAUGCAUUUUUCAAUGCAAUUUCACAAGAUGGAAGGAGGUCAGAAGACAGACUUGUGCUGCGGCUGGCAGGCAGCUCCGGACAGUGCUCGGGACGUGUGGAGGUCCUCCAUCAGGGGGCCUGGGGCACCGUGUGUGAUGACUUGUGGGACCUGAAUGAAGCUGAGGUCGUCUGCAGACAGCUGGGGUGUGGCCAUGCCAUCGCUGCUCCUGGAAGUGCCUACUUUGGCCCAGGCUCGGGAAACAUCUUUCUGGACAACAUUCAGUGCUCAGGAAAGGAGAACCACUUUGGCCAGUGUCCCAGCUCUGCCUGGUUAGACCACAACUGUGGCCACCACGAAGAUGCUGGUGUUAUCUGCUCAGAUGCAGUGGUGACUCCUCCACCCUCGGAAGGAAGUAACUCCUGUGGAGGAGUCAUUUCAAGUCUCUCGGGAUCCUUCUCCAGUCCUUGGUACCCUACGAACUACCCCACUGACACGGAGUGCAUCUGGGAGAUACACGUGGCUGAGAAGUUCAACAUAGAGCUAACAAUCCCCAGCCUGAAGCUAGAAGACAUUUAUGGGUGUCCUUAUGACUUUGUCGAAGUGUUUGAUGGAAAGCAAGUUGCCUCACUGUCCAUGGGCAAAGUCUGUGCUGGGGCAGAACUCACUUUCCUCUCAUCUUCCAAUUCCAUGACAGUGGUGUUUAAAAGUGACGCCAUGAUUACCAACACAGGGUUCUAUGCUCUGUACACCACUGUUCACCAAGACGAAAGGCAGAACGGUCUGGCCUUGAGACUGGUGAAUGGUAGCCACAGGUGUGAGGGCCGAGUAGAGAUCUCUUACAAUGGUACCUGGGGCACAGUGUGUGAUGACAGCUGGGACCUGACAGAUGCCAAGGUGGUGUGCCAGCAGCUCGGCUGUGGUGUGGCCAUGUCAGCCCCAGCUGAGAGCUACUUUGAGAGAGGCAUGGGCCACAUCAUGCUGGAUGAUGUGCAGUGCAUGGGGGAUGAAGCCAAGGUGUGGCAAUGCACACAUCAUGGAUGGUUCUCCCACAACUGUGGGCACCAUGAGGAUGCCAGCGUGGUUUGCUCAGGUAUUGAUGCCACACCAAGCAGAGGACCAGCAGAUGAAAAUUUCCAAUGUGGUGGUUUGCUCACCAAUAGUUCAGGCUCCUUCUCCAGUCCUUGGUAUCCUAAAAAAUAUCCCACCAAUGUGCUAUGUUCCUGGGACAUACAAGUGGAUAGCAGCGCUCACAUCAGACUCACCUUUGAAGUGGUCAAGAUAGAAAACUUUUACGGCUGCCCUUAUGACUUCAUUGAGAUUUUUGAUGGUCCACAAAGCGAAUCAUUUUCCCUGGGGAGAUUCUGCUCAGAAACCAUUCCAGUAUUUACCUCUUCUUCGAGCCGCAUGAGUGUGGUGUUCCACAGUGAUGACAUUGUCACCAACAUGGGAUUCUAUGCAUCUUAUGAAUCUCUGUUGCAAGAUGAGAAAGACCCAGAUGUGGCACUCAGGCUGGCCAAUGGCAGCCACCCGUGUGAAGGCCGUGUGGAGCUCUACUACAAUCACAGCUGGGGCACAGUGUGUGAUGACAGCUGGGACCUAAGAGAUGCCCAGGUGGUGUGCCACCAGCUGGGCUGUGGAGGAGCCGUGGCAGCCACUGGCCGAGCACAUUUUGAGCGAGGCCUUGGUCCCAUUGUCCUGGAUGAUGUAGAAUGUAUGGGAACGGAGGCCAGACUGUGGCAAUGUCUGCACAGUGGCUGGUUUGCCCACAACUGUGGCCACCAUGAGGAUGCUGGUGUCAUCUGCUCAGCCUCUCUGUCUUGCCCAGCAACAUCAUUUCCUGUCAGUAAUAUGAUUUCAGCAUUGUUGGUAAAGCAGCCAGCAGUGUCCACUCCAACAGGUCUGGAUCUGCGGCUGGUGAACGGGACAAGGAGGUGCGAAGGCCGAGUUGAGGUGUACUAUGCCAACACCUGGGGGACUGUGUGUGAUGACAACUGGUCCAUAGAAGAUGCCCACGUGGUCUGCAGACAGCUGGGCUGUGGUCCAGCUUUAUCUGCCCUGCCAGGCACCAGUUUUAGCCCAGGCUCAGGCAGCAUUAUCCUUGAUGACGUCAACUGCACAGGAAGGGAGUCUUCCCUGGCACAGUGCCCUCACAGUGACUGGCUCACCCACAACUGCGGGCACCAGGAAGAUGCUGGUGUCAUCUGUGCAGAUUCUGAAGCUGUCGGACAUCCAGCUACUCCAGCUCCUGAGGAACAUCCACAUGGUUUCCAUCCAAUAGAUCUGCAGCUGGUGAGACUGGUCAACGGGAGAAGCCAGUGUGAGGGCCGCGUUGAAGUCUACUUCAAUGGGACCUGGGGGUCUGUGUGUGAUGAUCUUUGGGGCAUACAGGCUGCCCAAGUGGUAUGUCAACAACUGGGCUGUGGGAUGGCCCUGGCAGCCCCCAGAAGCAGCCUCUUUGGCGAUGGCUCUGGCCCCAUCUUCCUAGACGACGUGAGGUGCUUGGGGACAGAGACCAACCUAGGGUACUGCCACCACCUUGGCCUGUCUGUGCAUAACUGUGAUCACCAUGAGGAUGCAGGAGCCAUCUGUUCAGGUACCCAGUCUCUGCUGGACUUCACUUUCCUACCAAGCAACAAACCAGGGAGAGCCACACAGAAGGACACAGGGGCCCUGCUGGGGCGAACUUGUCCUGGUGUUAGCACCAAAGGUCCCAUGCCUCUCAAGCGUCCUUGGGACUCCAACAGCCAACAGCAUUGUACUGCCAGGCCUCAUUACUUCCUGGGACAACUCAUUCUUUUCCCCCUAGAGGGCCAGGCAGAGGUGAGGUGGGGAGAUGGUAUCAAGAUCCAGCUGAGGAGAGCUGUUGGCGUUGCCUCAGAUUUGGCAGAAGUGGCUCCCGUAGUUGGUCAGCUCAUGAUCAGGUUGGUGGAUGGAAAGAACCGGUGUGAAGGAAGAGUGGAAGCCCUCCACAAUGGCACGUGGGGCACUGUUUGUGAUGACCUUUGGGGAAUCGAGGAUGCCCAUGUGGUAUGCCGGCAACUGGCCUGUGGGAAGGGCGUCAGCGCCCUUGGGAAUGGCCACUUUGGAGAGGGCGUGGGGAGCAUCUUCCUGGAUGACGUGCAGUGCCAGGGCAGUGAGACUUCGCUAGGCCAGUGCCAGCACCAAGGCUUGUCUGUCCACAACUGUGGCCACCAUGAGGACGCCGGUGUCAUCUGCUCAGCAUCAGCCACAGAGAUGACAACUUCACCAGGUAAGAUCUCUGUCUUCACUGUUUUCUCAAAGUCUCCUACCUCAAGCCCAGCCACAGCUUUAGUCCUUGCAACUGGCAUCACUCCCACUUCAGUAGAAGUAUCUCACCUGUCAUCACCUGACAAUGGCCUCUGCCCACCACACUGCACAGACAUGUCUUUAACCUCAGCAGAAGAGGAGACCUCCCCUGACACAUCUUCGACCUCAGCAGAAUCAAGUCCUCCAAAUGGUAAAGUUCCCUUGUCAGCAGAAGCAACCUCUCCAACUGAUGCAUCUUCAUCUUCCGAAGAAGAGGAAACAUCCUCAGAUGCUUCUUCAUCAUCGGGCGUGACCUCCUCUGACAUUUCUUCAACCUCAGCAGAAACAAGCUCUUCAAAUGAUGCAUCUUCAGCCUCCACGGAAGAUGCCUCCUCUGAUACAUCUUUAACCUCAGCAGACGUGGCGAGUAGAGAACCAACUGAUGUAUCGUCAGCCUCAGCAGAAGAUAAUUCCUCUGAUGCAUCUUCAGGCUCUGCAGAAGAUACCUCCUCUGACACUUCAGCCUCAGCUGAAUCCAGCUCUCCAACUGGCGCUGCUUCAACCUCAGCAGACUCAAGCUCUCCGAAUGAUGCAUCUACAGUCUCUGCAGAAGAUACCUCCUCCGAUGCAUCUUCAGUCUCCACAGAAGAUACCUCCUCUGCUACUUCUUCAGGCUCAGUGGAAUCCAGCUCUUCAAAUGAUAUGUCUUCAGCCUCAGCAGAAGGGAGGAGUAGAGAGCGAAGUGAUGCAUCUUCAAUCUCUGAAGAAGGGUCCUCCUCUGAUGCAUCUUCAACCUCAGCAGAAUCGAGUUCUACAACUGAUACAUCUUCAACCUCAGCAGAAGAGGCAAGCUCCUCUGAUACUUCUUCAACCUCAGCAGAAGCAAGCUCUCCAAAUGAUACAUCUUCAACCUCAGCAGAAGUGACCUCUCCCGGGGACCCAGUUCCAACCCUGACAAAAGUGACUCAGCCACCUGACCUGCCUCUGCGCCUGGUAGGCGGGCGAAACCGCUGUGAGGGCCGGCUGGAGGUGCGGCACCAGGGGGUGUGGGGAACUGUAUGCGACGACCGCUGGAACAUCAAGAAUGCCCGAGUUGUGUGCCGCCUCCUGGGCUGUGGUCGUGCGCUGGGUGCCCCGGGCAGAAGCCACUUUGGGGCAGGCACAGGCCCCAUCCUGAUGAAUGAAGUGCGCUGCUCCGGCAUGGAGGACUCUCUGGAGAGCUGUGCGCAUGCUGGCUGGAUAAGGCACAACUGCCACCACCGUGAGGAUGCCAGUGUGGUCUGUGCAGGUCAAGCUGACUCUCUUGUGCCCAAGGAUAAUGCUCAGCUGUCCUGUUUGCCUCACCUCUUCCAAGCCGUCAUUGACCGGGGUUAUCUCCGGAGAUUAGGCUACUCCUCCUGGGACAUCCAUUUAAAUGAUAGGAUGUGUCGUCCCCAAGUCACUGGGCGUUACCUCAUCUUCAAUAUCCCUUAUGGCCACUGUGGCACCAUCAGGCAGGAUCAUCAAGGCUCUCUCAGCUACUCCAACUCCAUCAGAGGCAGAACUCAAGGGCACCCUGGCCGAGUCAUUGUGAGGCACAGGGUGCCCCAGGUGAAGCUCACUUGCAAAGUGGAUGGCCAGUCUGCAGUGGAAAUUGUGCAUGGGAGUGGCACUCAGAAGGACCAUGUCAGCUACGAUGUGUCGAUUUCAUUCCUCCAGUCGCCUGCAUCCCAGAAUAUGGGGGUUGGAGCUCCUCCUCAUACCCAUCAGAGGGAAGAGGUCUUCCUGCAGGCCACCCUCCACAGCCACAGUCCCAAUCUGAGGCUCGUGGUGGAUACCUGUGUGGCUUCUCCUGACCCCAGUGAUUUCACAACUGUCAAGUAUGAACUGAUUCAGGAAGGGUGCAUCAAAGACAAAUCCUACUCUGACCUCCAUACCUCUGAGAAGAACGUGGCCCAGUUCAAGUUCAACGCCUUCAGCUUCCUCCAAAGCUACGAUGUGGUCUACCUGCAGUGUAAGGUUGCUGUCUGCCGAAUCGGGGACCACUCUUCCCGAUGCUCACAAGGCUGUACGAGGAGAGAGAGGAGAGGCACAGGAUCUGUAGAGGCCAGUGAAGAACUAACUGAGUACUUCCAAACAGUGGGGCCACUGAAGAUCCACAGAGCAGGUCAUCAGAGCAAGGCCCUGGUGUGAUCUCUCUUGCUGUCACACAAGUGUAUCGGGAAACUGGAAGCAAAGUCUGUUUCUUACCAGGAAGCAAUGU